AUGCUUUUGUUUGUUUGUUUUUUUCUUCCAGUUCUUUUGCCAUCCAUGCUAGAGGACGACCCACACCUGAUGGCUGAGCCGGCGAUCCGGAUCUUUGAGCAGCCCAGACCGAGAGGAAUGCGCUUCCGUUACAAGUGUGAGGGUCGCUCGGCUGGUAGCAUCCCUGGCGAGAAUAGCACGGACAGCAACAGGACCUACCCCAGUCUGCAGAUUCUGAAUUACUGCGGCAAAGGCAGAGUGUGUGUUUAUUUGGUGACCAAGAAUGAGCCUUACAGGCCACAUCCUCAUGAUCUGGUUGGCAAAGACUGCAAAGACGGCUACUACGAGGCUGAGUUUGGACCCGAUCGCAAAGUUCUCGCUUUUCAGAAUCUUGGUAUUCGGUGUGUGAAGAAGCGGGAGGUCAAAGAGGCCAUUUUACAAAGGAUUAGCAGAGGAAUCAACCCCUUCAAUGUGCCGCAAGAGCAGCUGCUGCAGACGGAAGACUAUGACUUGAACGUGGUUCGCCUGUGUAUACAGGUUUUCCUGCAGGAUGACACAAGCCCCUACACUCGAGUACUCAAACCUGUAGUCAGCAACCCCAUCUUUGACAACAGGGCACCAAACACCGCAGAGCUGAGGAUCUGUCGGGUCAACAGCAACAGUGGUUCUGUUAAGGGAGGAGAUGAGAUCUUCCUGCUCUGUGAUAAAGUGCAAAAAGAUGACAUAGAAGUCCAUUUUUUCUGUGAUGGCUGGGAGGCCAAAGGCUCAUUCUCGCAAGCCGACGUUCAUCGCCAGGUGGCCAUCGUCUUUAAGACGCCGCCUUUCUACAACACCUCUAUAACAGAGUCAGUCACUGUACACAUGCAGCUACGACGACCCUCCGAUCUGGAAGUCAGCGAGCCCUUGGACUUCCGAUAUCUUCCAGAUGACAAAGAUCCUUACGGCUACAAUAAGAAAAAACGCAGUAGAGAGAACUUAAUCAAAAUGUCAGGGUUGUCAGCGGUUCCGUUUUCUGGCUUGGUGGCGAACAGGCAAAGGGCAGUGCCACUGAAUACCAGGAAACACAUGCCAGACCUUAACAUGUACCCCAAGCAAAUGCCAUCUACAAUGCAGCAACCGCUGUUCCACCAACCCUACCAUGCAAAUGUUCCAGUCAGCCAUUCCUGGACAAACCCUAACCCAGUACUCCCAAUGGAUACAGUCCCCAUCAAUCCUUCCAAUGUCAUGAGCAAUUUGUCCCAGCCUAAAAGCAGUCAGCUACAGCAUCAAAACCACGGUUCAACUUUCUUCGGUGAAAACAAUGUCCUCCCGCAGCUCUCUAUGAGGGACCUGCAGUGCUUGGACUCGGUUCCUCAAGUUCCCUUGAUGAACCAACCUGAGUCCCACCAGCACUUCUCAUCGCAGCACCAAGGGAUGGGCUCAGUCUUCAAUAACCGAGUCCAAAACUAUCCCGAGAUGCAAAACCAGAGCUUUCAAAAUACGUGCAACAAUUUUCCCACCCACAAUCCAAUUCAGAACACAUUCAGCACUGUUUCUGGGGCUGAAAAGGGCACUCAUGUACUUGGAUCUUUCCCACUUUUGGCAGGGAUGGAAAUAAAUGAAUUUCAGAAAGGCCAAGUCGGAAGAGAAACUCUGUUCCAACUAAAGCAAGAACCGCCGAUCUUAGUCAAACAAGAGCCAAGCGCGUCUGCCAUCGCCUUCCCUGGAGAGCCCCAGGCAAACACGUACACCAACCUUCUCCCUCGUCCAUCGAGCAACGGCACUAACAUGAACGUUUUCAGGCAAGACGGCAGAAAAAAAGCCCAGCUCGCUCAGCCAAAUCUGAAAGACUCUUACUCUACAAACAACUGGACUUCUGAGAGUCACUUCCCAACUUUGGAUGACUGGUUAAGAGCUGACACAAUUGCACAACACAGUGACUACAAGGAAUGA